CGGGCUGUGGCUAGAACCCAGACUGCGGCGACGCGGAGGGGGCCAUUGGGACCCGGGGCUCGUCUUCGUGGGGCCGCUGGGCGGUGCGUGACGCGGACCGGAGCCGGGGCUGGGCGAGGCGACGUCGCUGCGGUCCAGGCCCCGAGGCCGAGCGGAGCUGCGGUGCUGCGGGGCGCUCGGCACCGCGCCCAGGCCUGGGAGCUUGCUCCCCCACCCCACUGCCGCCACCAUGGUCAGCAUCAAUGAGCUGCCCGAGAACAUCCUCCUGGAGCUGUUCACCCACGUGCCAGCCCAAGAGCUGCUGCUUAACUGCCGCCCGGUCUGCAGCCUCUGGCGAGACCUCAUCGAUGUGGUGACCCUCUGGAAGCGCAAGAGCCUUCGAGAGGGCUUCAUCACCAAGGACUGGGACCAGCCCGUGGCAGACUGGAAGAUCUUCUACUUCCUGUGCAGACUCCGCAGGAACCUCCUGCGUAACCCAUGUGGCGAAGAGGACAUGAGAUGGUGGCGGAUCGACUCCAGCCAGGGAAAUGGAUGGAAGGUGGAGAGUCUCCCUGGGGACCAUGGCACAAACUUUCCUGAUCCCAAAGUCAAGAAGUACUUUGUCACCUCCUUUGACAUGUGCCUCAAGUCCCAGAUGGUGGACCUCAAAGCUGAGGGCUACUGGGAGGAGCUGUUGGACACAUUCCGGCCUGAUAUCGUGGUUAAGGACUGGUUUGCCGCCAGAGCAGACUGUGGCUGUACCUACCACCUCCGGGUACACCUAGCCUCAGCUGACUACAUUGUCUUGGCCUCCUUUGAGCCUCCACCUGUGACCAUUGAACAGUGGAACGAUGCUGCAUGGACAGAGGUCUCCCACACCUUCUCCAACUACCCUCCAGGGGUUCGCCACAUCCUCUUUCAACACGGUGGCAAGGACACCCAGUUCUGGGCAGGCUGGUAUGGGCCCCGUGUCACCAACAGCAGCAUCAUCAUCAGCCACAGGACAGCCAAGAAGCCCGCCUCUGCCAGCGCCCUGCCGAUGCAGGGACAAGAGGAAGACACCCAGGGGCCCUUCCACAAGUCCUGAUAUCAGACAUCACCUGAGAGCAAUCCGUCCUCCCCUGCUGGGGUCUGCUCAAGAGAACUUCCAGGCAAGGGCUGAGCCGUACCAGCACCUGUCCCAGUACAACCUUGGGCAGACCUACCAACUCCUGCUAAUUUACAGUCAU